GGGGUAGUAUGCGUCAGUAGGCAUUGUCGGUAUACGUAUUAACUGUGCUCGGUAUCUGUUGCUGAGAAACGCUUCAUUUCGUUUCUCAAGGAGAUUAUUUGUACCUAUAAUUGAAAAAUGGAGGAUAAAGUUGGGAAUAACUCUGUGGAGAGUGCGGAAAACACCAGUUCAGUGAAGAAGGCAGCGAAGCCGAAGUCUACAAAAUCGCAACGGCCAAAAUCUUCGCAUCCACCAACUUCUGAAAUGGUAAACGCUGCCAUUAAGGAACUAAAGGAUCGUAAGGGAUCAUCUCUUCAAGCAAUUAAGAAAUAUAUUGCAUCGACAUACAAGGUUGAUGGAGAGAAAUUGGCACCAUUUAUUAAAAGAUAUUUGAAGUCAGCCGUUACCUCUGGCGCUGUUGUUCAGACAAAAGGUAAAGGUGCUUCUGGAUCAUUUAAACUGUCUACAAUUAAGAGCUCCGAGUCGAAGAAGAUACAUCGAACUGUCAAAGUAUCGAAACUGAAGAAACCCAAGAAAUCCGUAGAGAAGAAAACGUCACCGAUCCGAAAACCUGUGUCGCCGAAGAAGUCGAAUCCCCCAAAGAAAACCGAAGAUGCUAAGAAAUCGACAGCUGUGAAGAAAUCUACUGUCAAAGCAACUCAGAAACCUGGGAAAGUUGAAAAAGUUAAAUCUGUAACUGAAUCUAAGGCUAUAUCAAAGAGUAAAAAGACAACUAAAGCACCAGCAGCUAAGACAAGAACCCCAAAACCAAAGAAAGCUGCGGCUUCCAGAACGGUGAAAUCAGCAGCAAAAAAAUAAUUGCUUAAUUUUCAAAUUUUAUUCUAAAAAUAAAUGGCCCUUCUCAGGGCCACAAAUUCAUAUUUGAUAAGGAACAACUCUUAAAACAACUUCAACAGUA